AUGUGCGAUCGGGGAGAGCCCUUCGGUGAGGGGGAGUUGAGGAAUAAUAACCAGCAGGGGGGCGUGCUGGCCGACGGGGAUGCUAACGCCAAUGAGAUCUGCGCAGAUGACGGUGGGAGGACGGGUGAUACAGGCACUCUGUCGGGGCUGAUCACAGAAACGACGGAGCAGGAUAAAGUCAUCAUCUGGGGCACGGACUCUCAGUGUGAUGAUCCUGAGCUGGCCGAGUUCGAGAUGCUGGAGUGUCAGGAGCUGGAGGCCUACCUGGUCGAGGACGGGGAGGACUUUGUCGGACUGGCAGAGCGGAAGGCGAUUCAAGGACAGUCUUCAUCGUGCAGCAAAGCCAGAGAAGAACAACCAGGAGAUGAUCAGAGCAGGGAGGAGAGGAAGUCCGGUCCACAUGGCGCCAGUGAGCAGGAAUCCAGCGUUUCAGGGUCGGCCUCUGAGAGCAGAGACGCAUCGAGGAGCUCUGAAGCAGACGUCUUUGUGACCUGUCUGACCACGAUUUCAAACAUGGACACGGCCGUGGAUGCUGCAGGCAGGACGCAAACGACGGAGUCCUGGCACAACGCCACAACCGGUCCUUACUCGGCGGUCUCAGAAGACCUGACUCUGGUUUCACAGACCUGCAACACCGUCUCAGAGAGGAGUCAGACGGAUCGUUCUUCAUGCUAUGCUGGAAAAAGCACAAAACACGGGAAGGUCGUGGACGUGAAUCUGAAUUCAACAGAGGCGGCACAAGCGAGUAACGGGAACGUUUCAGGUGAGGCGGUUCUUGACGAGAGCAGGAAGAACAAGAACCAGAGAAGUACAGCAGGGAAAACCACGUCAGAGAAAGACCAGGGGAGGAGUACUGAGCAAAAGGAGGACAGUCAGACUAAAAUGGAUAAAAGCACACAAGCCAACGAGGCUCCUGAUGUGGUCUACAGCCCACCUAGUACAGGCACUAAGGGGACGCAGUCGUCCAUGGACUCCAAAGCCAUAAAGAAACAAGGAUCGUUUGAUUCCUCUCUGAAAAAACAAAACUCCUUCGACCGGAGUUUCAAAAAGCAGCCAUCGUUCGAGAAUUCCUUCAAGAAGCAGCUCUCCUUUGAUAACUCUCUGAAGAGGCAGGGCUCCUUCGAGAACACAGCCACCUCCAGCUCUUCAAGCCUGGAGAGGAGGAAGCCAUGGGGGAGCCCCAGCAGACCAGCAACUCCUUCUGCCCCGAGAACUACCUCCUCUUCCCCCAAGAGACAACCGCCCGGUUCACCGGCGAGGGUUCAGGGCAUCAGGGCGCUGAGCUGCGAGCGCAGCGACUCUCCUCACAGAGGUUUCGGUCAACCGGUCAAACCGGCUCUGAAGACCAGCUUGAGCAGCGGCAUCCCAAAACCGGUCCCCUCUCAGCAGAAAGAGCCUGAGCACAAGAGGUCUUCUCCUCCGCAGAAGCCUAAAAAUGUCCGACCUAAAAUUAUCACCUACGUCCGAAAGAAUCCUCAAGCCAAACCAGACGCUCCGCUGGAGGCUUCUUCACUCAGACUUUCUUCUUACUCCAGCCCACCAGCUCAGAAAGAUCUAAAAGCUGGCCCUCAGCCUAAAUCCACAGCAGUGCUCUGUUCCUCCAACCUGCUGUUUGACAAAUAUCGACAGGAGCUGCAGAAGGCGGGGAUCUAUCCUCCAGGCGUGGCUGUGGGUGGAAUCAAACCGAGCGGCUCCAUCGCUCAGAGGCAGAGCGGACAGAGAGACAGUUUCCACGAGGACUCACCUGAGAAGAGUCUGCAAGAGGUGAGGAGGGACUCACUGAGCUGGGUCAUACACCAACAUGCUCUUUACAUAAAUGCACAAGACACAACCCGAUAAAAAGCUCUAAAUGUGAAGAUCGAAGGUCUUUGUAGAGUUUUAAAGCUUUAUCAGUGAGUUUUAAUUACUGUCUAAUUACAUUAAAACACUGAAGAUAGCUUCUGUCACUUUUAAAUCUAUUAUUCGUUCAGCUACAUUUCCAUGAAAGCAGCUUUUUUUCUCUAAAUCCAGGAGGUUUUUACUGUUUCUGUCUCACCUCGUUUGAGGUCACUAAUUGGGUUCAUCAUUUCCCAGCAUGCCUGAUGUAACUCGGAAACGAAGGAUGUUCUUUAUCAUCCCGCUACUUAAUCAGACAGUUACUGCAAAGAUCUCAUAUCAACACAAUCUCAUGUCCCUUACUGUUAAUGCUGGAUAUAACCUAGGGCUGGGCGAUAAACCGAAAAUUUAUUACAAUAACCGACGUCAUUUUGCCCAUAUCGGUAUAUUUGCUGUCUAAAUAAAUCAAUAAAUCAAAGUUGGUUUUGGAUGUGUGUAGGUAGGCUAUGGUCUCAUGUCCCUUUAAGACGCUGUCCUACGUCUAGAGGGAAAAGACGGGUGAGGAGAUGGAGGAUGGUUCAAAAGUUGUAGCUGCUGAAGUAGACGAAGUUAACCCUUACCCUAACCCUAACCCUAGCCCCAACCCUAACCCUAACCCUAGCUCUAACCCUAACCCUAGCUCCAACCCUAACCCUAACCCUAACCCUAGCUCCAACCUUAACCCUAACCCUAACUCUAACCCUAGCCCCAACCCUAACCCUAGCUCUAACCCUAACCCUAACCCUAGCUCCACCCUAAUCCUAACCCUAACCCUAACCCUAGCUCCAACCUUAACCCUAACCCUAACCCUAGCUCCAACCCUAACCCUAACCCAAACCCUAAGUAAACUUUUCAAAAAACUUCCCCCAGAAUUAGGUUCUAUAGACUCCCCGUGCCCUGAAACGUGCUCCUAACACAAUUCUGGAAGGUGAAAAAUUGGGUUGGCACUUAAAAAAUUUUUCAAUUUUUUUUUCCCAUGCAUUCCUAUGGGAAAAAAUCAAAUUUUUUUAGGAACGUCCUAGAGACUCGGGAGUUGGUUCAUUGCACUCAGAAAAAUCCUAGCUCCAAGCCCAACCCCAACCCUAACCCUAGCUCCAACACUAACCCUAACUCCAACCCUAACCCUAACCCUAACCCUAGCUCCAACCCUAACCCUAACCCUAACCCAUGCAGUCCUAUGGGAAAAAAAUCAAAUUUUUUUAGGAACGUCCUAGAGACUCGGGAGUUGGUUCAUUGCACUCAGAAAAAUCCUAGCUCCAAGCCCAACCCUCACCCUAGCUCCAACACUCACCCUAACUCCAACCCUAACCCUAACCCUAACCCUAGCUCCAACCCUAACCCUAACCCUAACCCAUGCAUUCCUAUGGGAAAAAAUCAAAUUUUUUUAGGAACGUCCUAGAGACUCGGGAGUUGGUUCAUUGCACUCAGAAAAAUCCUAGCUCCAAGCCCGACCUUAACCCUAGCUCCAACACUAACCCUAACUCCAACCCUAACCCUAACCCUAACCCUAACCCUAGCUCCAACCCUAACCCUAACCCUAACCCAAGCAUUCCUAUGGGAAAAAAAUCAAAUUUUUUUAGGAACGUCCUAGAGACUCGGGAGUUGGUUCAUUGCACUCAGAAAAAUCCUAGCUCCAAGCCCGAACCCUAACCCUAGCUCCAACACUAACCCUAACUCCAACCCUAACCCUAACCCUAACCCUAGCUCCAACCCUAACCCUAACCCUAACCCAUGCAUUCCUAUGGGAAAAAAAUCAAAUUUUUUUAGGAACGUCCUAGAGACUCGGGAGUUGGUUCAUUGCACUCAGAAAAAUCCUAGCUCCAAGCCCAACCCUAACCCUAGCUCCAACACUAACCCUAACUCCAACCCUAACCCUAACCCUAACCCUAGCUCCAACCCUAACCCUAACCCUAACCCAUGCAUUCCUAUGGGAAAAAAUCAAAUUUUUUUAGGAACGUCCUAGAGACUCGGGAGUUGGUUCAUUGCACUCAGAAAAAUCCUAGCUCCAAGCCCAACCCUAACCCUAGCUCCAACACUAACCCUAACUCCAACCCUAACCUUAACCCUAACCCUAGCUUCAACCCUAACCCUAACCCUAACCCAUGCAUUCCUAUGGGAAAAAAUCAAAUUUUUUUAGGAACGUCCUAGAGACUCGGGAGUUGGUUCAUUGCACUCAGAAAAAUCCUAGCUCCAAGCCCAACCCUAACCCUAGCUCCAACACUAACCCUAACUCCAACCCUAACCUUAACCCUAACCCUAGCUUCAACCCUAACCCUAACCCUAACCCAUGCAUUCCUAUGGGAAAAAAUCAAAUUUUUUUAGGAACGUCCUAGAGACUCGGGAGUUGGUUCAUUGCACUCAGAAAAAUCCUAGCUCCAAGCCCGACCCUAACCCUAGCUCCAACACUAACCCUAACUCCAACCCUAACCCUAACCCUAACCCUAGCUCCAACCCUAACCCUAACCCUAACCCAUGCAUUCCUAUGGGAAAAAAAUCAAUUUUUUUUAGGAACGUCCUAGAGACUCGGGAGUUGGUUCAUUGCACUCAGAAAAAUCCUAGCUCCAAGCCCAACCCUAACCCUAGCUCCAACACUAACCCUAACUCCAACCCUAACCCUAACCCUAACCCUAGCUCCAACCCUAACCCUAACCCUAACCCUGACCCUAACCCCUAACCCUAACCCCCUAACCCUAACCCUAACCCAACCCUAACCCUAACCCUAACCCUAGCUCCAACCUGAACCCUAACCCUAACCCUAACCCUAGCCCCAACCCUAACCCUAGCUCUAACCCUAACCCUAACCCUAGCUCCACCCUAAUCCUAACCCUAACCCUAACCCUAGCUCCAACCUUAACCCUAACCCUAACCCUAGCUCCACCCUACUCCUAACCCUAACCCUAACCCUAGCUCAAACCCUAACCCUAACCCUAACCCAUGCAUUCCUAUGGGAAAAAAUCAAAUUUUUUUAGGAACGUCCUAGAGACUCGGGAGUUGGUUCAUUGCACUCAGAAAAAUCCUAGCUCCAAGCCCAACCCUAACCCUAGCUCCAACACUAACCCUAACUCCAACCCUAACCCUAACCCUAACCCUAGCUCCAACCCUAACCCUAACCCUAACCCAUGCAUUCCUAUGGGAAAAAAUCAAAUUUUUUUAGGAACGUCCUAGAGACUCGGGAGUUGGUUCAUUGCACUCAGAAAAAUCCUAGCUCCAAGCCCAACCCUAACCCUAGCUCCAACACUAACCCUAACCCUAACCCUAACCCUAGCUCCAACCCUAACCCUAACCCUAACCCUAGCUCCAACCCUAACCCCAACCCUAACCCUAGCUCCAACCUAAACCCUAACCCUAACCCUAGCCCCAACCCUAACCCUAGCUCUUACCCUAACCCUAACCCUAGCUCCGCCCUAAUCCUAACCCUAACCCUAGCUCCAACCUUAACCCUAACCCUAACCCUAACUCCAACCCUAACCCUAACCCUAACCCUAGCUCCAACCCUAACCCUAACCCUAACCCAUGCAUUCCUAUGGGAAAAAAAUCAAAUUUUUUUAGGAACGUCCUAGAGACUCGGGAGUUGGUUCAUUGCACUCAGAAAAAUCCUAGCUCCAAGCCCAACCCUAACCCUAGCUGCAACACUAACCCUAACUCCAACCUUAACCCUAACCCUAACCCUAGCUCCAACCCUAACCCUAACCCUAACCCAUGCAUUCCUAUGGGAAAAAAAUCAAAUUUUUUUAGGAACGUCCUAGAGACUCGGGAGUUGGUUCAUUGCACUCAGAAAAAUCCUAGCUCCAAGCCCGACCCUAACCCUAGCUCCAACACUAACCCUAACUCCAACCCUAACCCUAACCCUAACCCUAGCUCCAACCCUAACCCUAACCCUAACCCAUGCAUUCCUAUGGGAAAAAAUCAAAUUUUUUUAGGAACGUCCUAGAGACUCGGGAGUUGGUUCAUUGCACUCAGAAAAAUCCUAGCUCCAAGCCCAACCCUAACCCUAGCUCCAACACUAACCCUAACUCCAACCCUAACCCUAACCCUAACCCUAGCUCCAACCCUAACCCUAACCCUAACCCUGACCCUAACCCCUAACCCUAACCCUAACCCCCUAACCCUAACCCUAACCCUAACCCAACCCUAACCCUAACCCUAACCCUAGCUCCAACCUGAACCCUAACCCUAACCCUAACCCUAGCCCCAACCCUAACCCUAGCUCUAACCCUAACCCUAACCCUAGCUCCACCUAAUCCUAACCCUAACCCUAACCCUAGCUCCAACCUUAACCCUAACCCUAACCCUAGCUCCACCCUAAUCCUAACCCUAACCCUAACCCUAGCUCAAACCCUAACCCUAACCCUAACCCAUGCAUUCCUAUGGGAAAAAAUCAAAUUUUUUUAGGAACGUCCUAGAGACUCGGGAGUUGGUUCAUUGCACUCAGAAAAAUCCUAGCUCCAAGCCCAACCCUAACCCUAGCUCCAACACUAACCCUAACUCCAACCCUAACCCUAACCCUAACCCUAGCUCCAACCCUAACCCUAACCCUAACCCAUGCAUUCCUAUGGGAAAAAAUCAAAUUUUUUUAGGAACGUCCUAGAGACUCGGGAGUUGGUUCAUUGCACUCAGAAAAAUCCUAGCUCCAAGCCCAACCCUAACCCUAGCUCCAACACUAACCCUAACGCCAACCCUAACCCUAACCCUAGCUCCAACCCUAACCCUAACCCUAACCCUAGCUCCAACCCUAACCCUAACCCUAACCCUAGCUCCAACCUUAACCCUAACCCUAACCCUAACCCUAGCCCCAACCCUAACCCUAGCUCUUACCCUAACCCUAACCCUAGCUCCGCCCUAAUCCUAACCCUAACCCUAACCCUAGCUCCAACCUUAACCCUAACCCUAACCCUAGCUCCAACCCUAACCCUAACCAAAACCCUAAGUAAACUUUUCAAAAAACUUCCCCCAGAAUUAGGUUCUAUAGACUCCCCGUGCCGUGAAACGUGCUCCUAACACAAUUCUGGAAGGUGAAAAAUUGGGUUGGCACUAAAAAAAUUUUUCAAUUUUUUUUUCCCAUGCAUUCCUAUGGGAAAAAAUCAAAUUUUUUUAGGAACGUCCUAGAGACUCGGGAGUUGUUUCUUUGCACUCAGAAAAAUCCUAGCUCCAAGCCCAACCCUAACCCUAGCUCCAACACUAACCCUAACUCCAACCCUAACCCUAACCCUAACUCUAGCUCCAACCCUAACCCUAAUCCUAACCCAUGCAUUCCCAUGGGAAAAAAUCAAAUUUUUUUAGGAACGUCCUAGAGACUCGGGAGUUGGUGCAUUGCACUCAGAAAAAUCCUAGCUCCAAACCCAACCCUAACCCUAGCUCCAACACUAACCCUAACGCCAACCCUAACCCUAACCCUAACCCUAGCUCCAACCCUAACCCUAACCCUAACCCUAGCUCCAACCUUAAUGUGGAAGGGGGUGAGCAGCUUGUGGAGUAGUUAUCGUCUAUUAGGAGUACUUAUCUAGGUGAACUGAUCAAUGUAUCGUGAUAUUGAUUCGAGGCCAUAUCGCCCAGCCCUAAUAUAAUCAGAAAAGUACCAAAGCUUUGAAAAAGAAAAGAUAAAGAAGCUUCUCACUGAUUGUAUUUGUCCCUCACCAGCAUGUUUCCCAGGAAGGAGGCGGCGCCUACCGCUCCCCCAGAGCUUUGAGGCCUCAGCUGGGGUUAGGAGCCGUCACCAGGCAGCCUGCAGCCAAGGCCAGAGUUCAGCAGACAGGUCAGAGGUCAGCUGCGUCUCCGAGUCAUUCUGCUCAGGCAGCCGGAUCGUCCGGCCAGGGCCACCAGGAUCAUACAGGUGGGACGGAGAUAAUCUCAAAAUAAAAUCAGUGAUGUGUCUUGUAGAGUUUUUAAGAAAGAGAUAGGAAACAGUUUUUUUAAAUUCUUUUUAUCAGGGUUUGGAGCGACACAAAAGUGAAAACAAUAUAACAAAGUGCUUCUUUUCUUUUGUGAAGCCUCCAAAACUCCCUGUUUAGUCUGCUUUGCCUUGCCGUUCCUGACUCCAUGUCAGAAAAAUCUCCUUUUCCUCUCCUGUCGCGUUCGGAUGGAUGCGGUGAAACUUUUUGCAUCUUACUUUUUUCAUCAUUUCUUCUCGAAUCCCACUGAAUUUCCCUUUGGGGAUAAAUAAAGUUCUUCUCAUCUUAUCUUUGAAGCGCAAAAAUCUCACUCACACAUCCUGGAAAUUUCUUGUUGCAUAUCUUUAGGUCUGAUGGAGUCAGGCUCGACACAUGGCGCUCCCUCAUUAAUAGAUAUUUCCUCCCGGAGUGAUGCUUGUCGUAUGUUUUUCAUCUUGAUUCCAGCAUGAGAUUAGUAACAGUGACAUGAAUCUGUCUUUUAGUCAUCGGAGCAGAUGUGAUCCCAGCAGUGCGGUUGUGGUUGUUCUGACUUCGUAUUCGCUCCAAAUAAAGCUGCAGACAUCUUUUUAUAUCAGUGACUAUGAUUGUAGAGUAUGUUCAUUCACUCUGCAACCAGGUUUUAUUUACUCAUACAGUAUUAAUCUCAUUUACAGCAGAGCACAGGAGGUCAGCAGAAAGAGGUCCGGAAACAACCACCAAGAGCCUCCUGCUCAAACCAGGCCAGUCUGGUCUCCGCCCCCCGGGUUUCUCCGCCCUGCCGGCCACCCGUCUGGCCACCUUUGGCUUCGUCCGCACCUCCAGCGUCUCGUCUGUGUCCAGUAACCAGUCCAACGACAGCAGCCACAGUGAUCCCUGCAGAUCGUCUCAGCGUGAGUCUCUCUCUCUGCUGCAGGUUCAUGUAAAUCAGGGUUAGAGAGCUUUUCCACUUCAGCUGAUGUAGAGUGAGCCGCAGACAUCCCGCAGAGCUCUGUCUGAUUAAAAGGAAUUUCCAGGUUUGUGAUUUCUUUUCUGAUCUACAUCUCCUCGUUAGUUUCAGCGGUCGUCCUGGCAGCUUCGGUUACCAUAGAAACAGUCACUCCGCUUCCUUUUUCACUCCUUUAUCACAAGUAGGCGCUGAAAGCUGCUGCUCGACGGCGGCUUUGAUGAAGAAAUCUGUAAGUCUCUCCUCCCUCUGCUGUUUCUCAUCAGCCCGCACACUGCGGCACUUUAUCAGGAUCAGAUCAGACCGCCCCGUCCAACGCCGAGUCUCGUACACUUCCUGCUGCUUUUAUUAAGAGGAAUCAUUACGGAGAAAAUUUAGCUGAUACGCUGAUUAUCUUUGAGUGAAAUAGAGAAAUAGAGAGUGAGUCCAAUUGAUAUUGAUGGUUCAGUUUUAACAGUGGAGCUUUAAACUAUUAUCUGAGGGAUGAUAAGACUUCAACACCUCUCUGUUUGAUGUUUUAUCCUCUAUAACAGCUUUUCGAUAUUGACCUGAACUCCUUUAGAAGCUUAAAAACUAUAAAAGUGGAAAAGUGCCCAACAUAGACUCGUAUAAAUUAGAGAUAAACAGUUUUAGAUAGUUCUUUAGAUAACAAACAACAGUGUGUACAAUUUCCAAGGCUACAUCUAAGUAUAGGGACCUUGAAUGUGGAGUCCCACAGGGUUCAGUGUUGAGACCGUCACUUUUUAAUUUGCGUAUUUAUAAACUAUUUGAUGGCUCUGCGUUACUGAAGUUUGUGUUUUUUGCAGAUGACACAAAUCUCUUCAAACACUCAUCAAACUUGAUUUUUCAGAUGAAAGUAAGUCGUGAAUAAAGAUACAUUAAUGGUGAAGAAGAUGAGGUUUUGUUGUCCAUCGAUGGAGCUGUUAUGAAAGAGUGUCUGAGAUUGAUAAUCGUGGAUAAAGCGCGAUCAUGGGAAGUAGGGCUGCACGAUAAAUCGAUUUUAUAUCAUAAUCGGACUAUAUGAUUAUGACAAUGUUAAAAAAAUUUAAAUCCUCAAAUCCAUUUUCCUCUCUAUCCUGUUUCGUGCCUGGCAUAUGCACUACAUCGUUUUUCAGUGGUUUCGUUUGGAGAGAUGAUAGAAAAACUUUUUAUUGAAGUGAAUUCUGGUGAAGUUUUUACUGAAAAAAAAUUUAAAUCAAAAAUCGAUUUAAACGUUUCAGUUAAGAAAAAAAAAUCUGGAUUUUAUUUUUGGGAAAAAUCGUGCAGCCCUAAUGGGAAGCACAUUUAUUGAUUUACAGAUUUUAAGCAAGCUAAAGUUUGUGAUCAAAUAAAAGAAAGAAAAGAUUUUUUUUUAUCAUUAUUUUCUUAUUUUGUCGUGUUUGCAGCCCCUCUUCUGAAGCCGACGGCUCACUUUCCCUCUUCCGCAUGUUAACUGUUUUCUUCUGACCGUCUGGAUUCACACACUUCCUUUAGCUGCAGGCAGACAAACAGCUGUUGUCUCCUGCAGGGUCGCCCCCCCUCCUAUCCAGUCUAAAGACCGAACCACCAGAGCUGCUUCACAUGUCAGCACUGGUCUCUCCUCUCUAUUUAUAAUCUCUGAAAUAAAAAAGUAGAGCCGGCGGCUGCAGAGUGUGUGGACCAGUGCGACUCAGAGUGUGAUAUGACGGGAUAAUCUGUGAAGCCGUUUUUACCCCGACACCUCUGACCAGCCUCCUCCUCCUCCUCCUCCUCCUCGCCCGUGGGUCUCCUCAAACUUUCACUGCUGCUGAGCCAGAUAAUGAUUUCUCCCACUGCCUCUGUGUCCCUCUUUAAAGACUCAGAUGUUCACUUUUCUGGGUUAUUUUGCACCAUUUUUAACUCUGAUUCUGGAGAAAACAACCACAGCUCAGGAUGAAACCCUUCAGCCUUGUAAGUCUAGCUUCUCUUUCUUUUUUAUUGCUUUGUGGGGCUGUUGAUAAGUUUGUUCUAUUUGCUCUAUUUUGUUUGGAUAGAAAAAUGUAUCUGUAUCGAUUCAGCGUUGGAAAGAUGAGUGUCUAGCAGAUAGUGAAAGGCUCUGGAGUGGCUCAGACAGCUUAUAUAUGACUGGCAGCUUGCACAGCAGUGUUUCCCUUCAGGCUGUUGGCUCAGACAGAGAUGUGCUAUUAGUAUGCCACCGUAUGCCUCUACUGCAGCCACAGUCAGCGAAGAGGCUCCCCUGAAAAACGCAGUGCCUGAGUGUGAGCUGCAGCUUCAUUCUGGGAUCAAUCAAUCUUUAUUUAUAAAACAACAACAACUCCAUUUCCUCUGUCAGGUCCAACAAACAGGCCUGUAUUCUGGGAGCGCAGUGUCUUAGAGGGGCAAUAGGUCACUAUUGGCUCUAUGAUAGUGAGAGGAAAGCUGUUCAAUUCUAAGAGAAGAGUUCAAUCAGUCUUCAGAGGCCAAUCAAACAUAGAGGUAACUUUUGCAAAGACCAGUUUUCGUGCAUUGUUUGGGACAAGAUGUGUCUGGAUACUGAGAUGGUGUCCUUAAAAUUCGCCAAAGGACCAAUCCUGAUCAAAUAGGUCUCCCAGAUUCCUCACAGUGGUGCUGGAUGCCAGGCUAAAGCCAUCAAAGGGAGUCACAUCAUCAGAAAACCUCUUUGUUUGGUGUUUGGGACCAAGAAGGUAGGGCUGGGGGAUAAACCAAAAGUUUAUCGAUACCAAAAUAUCGUUAUUGAGGUAAACUGCUGAAUAUAUUGUGAUAAUGAUUUGAGGCCAUAUCGCCCAGCCCUACAAGAAUGAUAAAGAGUUGAGCAACAAAUAAGUCCUGGUCAUCCAGGUCUUUAUGUGUUGAAUUCUUGCUUCUACUUUAGUUUAGACAGCUGGUUAGUUUUGACUUCAUUGAUAUAGAAAUCUGAGCAUCAUCUGCAUACUAGUGAAAGUUCAUGCUGUAUUACCUCAUAAUGUUACCUAGAAGAAGUUCAAAUGAAGUGAAACGAAUCGGUCUGAUUAGUGAACCUUGUGGGACUCCAUGACUGACUUUAUUAGGGCUGGGCGAUAUGUCCUCAAAUCAAUAUUAACAUAUAUUGAGCUGUUCACCUCGAUCACGAUAAAUGGACGAUAACUAGUCCACAAGCUGCUCACCCCCUCCCACAUUAACUUCAGCUGCCGCUCCAGCCACUACAACUUUUGAACCAGAGUCACGUCUCUGAUAAAGGACAGCAUCUUAAAGGGACAUGAGACCAUAGCCUACCGACACACAUCCAAAACCGACUUUUAUAUAUUUAUUUAUUUGACACUGAAUAUACUGAUAUGGGCAAAAUGACAUCGGUUAUUGACAUACAUUUCAGCAUCUGUAAAUUUUCGUCUUAUUGCCCAGCCCUAGAUUGGAGGUUUGAUAAUCAUUUUGCCAAUCUUAAUUUUAACAAAAAUAAACAUUGAUUAUUAACAUUUAACAGAUUAAUGACCUCCCCUGGUAACUUCAAACAUAAAGCUUGGACUUUAAAAUGAAUAAUUCUAUUUUAUGCAUAUUUAUAUUGUGUAUUAUAUACGACUAUUCUAUGGUUUUAUUGUGUCUUCUUUAAUAUUAGUUAUAAAUCUAGAUGAUCUUGAAAUUCAUUAUGAGCUUUUGUUUUAAAUCCUAGUGGAAGAGAGGCUUUUUAUUUAUUUAUUUUUUGACACCAAAUAUACCGGUAUGGGCAAAAUGACAUCUGUUAACGUCGUAAAUUUUGGUAUCGUUAAAUCUUCAGUUUAUCGCCCAGCCCUAGACCUUGGUGUGCACAGAGGACUUUCUAUAAACACACUUCUCCACUAUUUCCUCCAGUCUGUAGGAUUUCCUAGAUGGUGCAGCGACUAGUCCCUCUUCUUUAUAAUCAGACUUUGUGCGAAUAACCAUUUCCCAGUUUGACUCCACGGCAGUCGGAGCAGCACAAAUCUCUGCGGCUCUAUGGAGUGAAUACUAAGCCUCUUUUCCCUGUGGUUGAAUCCUGUUCUUGUCAUGUCCUGCAGGAAAAUCGACCAGCAGACACUUUUUACUCCAAAGCUCAUUACAUGACCCUGCAGCAACUUGGCAGCAGAUUCAGUUUUAUUCUUCUAAUAAGGAUUUCUGAUGAAAACUGUGAGGCGAUAACAGUGCAGGAGCACAAUCUGUUUCUUUGCUCGGUUUACAAGAGCUUAAAAAGGUGUUUGGUGUUCUGCUGCAGUCUUAAUUUCGUAUUUGCAUGACACAGGCCUGAUAACUAAACAUCUACAGAUAGACAUCAUGCUUGUAUUUGUUCUCAUGUCUUGUGCAUCAGUAAUCAGGGACAUGGAGUCAUUGUUCCUUGCUGCUGUAGCUCUGAUCACAGGAAGCUUGCAGCAGGGGAGGGAUUUGAUCAGUACAUGCAGCGAGAAACAAGCACUUAACAGUGAGUCAGCCUCCAGCCUCUCUGCUCAACCAAUCAGCUCCUCGGCUAAACCUCAUUUAGAGACGCCCUUGGAAAAAAAAGAGGGGAAAAAAGAGCUUCUGCUGACUCUCCCAGGUGGAUUCAGACUCUGUCGCAGUGAGGAGAGUCUCUGUGAUCCCAGCGGAGGUUUCAUAGCAGCCUCGGGCUCUCUGACGUCAGUGUGGAUCCACGGUUCUCUUUCAUGAUCUGAGUUUGUGUUGCCGUGCAGAUUUUGCAGUCUGUUCUCCAAAUUAAGAGUCUGAGAUAUUCUCGAAUCAGAAUAGUUUUCUAAGUCAAGGUCACAAAGCUGCGCUGCGUUUCCUUUAGGGUCGGCACUGUUAUCGAUCGAGGAGCUGAAUAUUUCAUGAUAAGUAAUUGAAGCCCUCUAGGUUUGCAAUCCUUCACUUCUACUGACACAGGAUACCGACAUCCUGAUUCAUCAGAAGUGAUGAAAUCCAGAGACAGUUUAUUCAGACAGAAACAGUGUGAACGACAGCAGAAUAGUCGUGAUAUAUUGUGACACGUCUCUGCGCUCUUUGCUACAGCCUCAGCUUAUCUGGGAAACAAAGCUUUUCAUUUCCACAGAAAGCUGGUGGCGUAACAACAACUGUGAUGAAUAAUUAAGAUGUUUGCAUGGUUCCGUUUUUUUUCUGGUCCGCAGUUUGAAUAGAGAUACUCUCAGAGGAAAGAUAGUGAACCUGCUGAUAUUUGAUACUGGAAGGACAAAAACAGACAUGUCCUUAUUAGAGAUAUUCACUCUGAUGGUUUGAUUUAUCCUCUCAGGCUCGGUAAAGUACUUCAAUCUUUAAAAAAAUAACACGCUGAUAUGAAAACGCUCAAAAUAUUCAUGAUAAACGACACAUUGACACUUAUUUAUGAGUGGGAUAUGUGUAUAGUUUGCUCUAAAACUUGGUUUGCUUAAAACAAGUUGAAGUCUGUGGGUCUGAGUCGUCCUCUGGCUGGGAAUGAAAGCUCAGAUCUAGUUUCAGUCGAUUCAGGAAGUGAGGGUGGAUACAGUUUAUUGAUUUAUUUACUUUUUUGAUCACAUACACUCUUGGAAACCAUCAGUCCUCAUUGUCACAGAUUCAGAUGGACUGUAUUGUGCGAAACAGGAUAAUAAUUCAGAGUGAUUGUAGUGAAGACUGUAACCUUUCAAUUUUCUGACUCAAUCAUUGAUUCUGUUUUUGUCGUUUCUGGCACCCUUCCUCUUCCUCCUCUUCCUCAGAUCCCAGCAGUGGCAGCGAUGACACCCCUCUUCACAGAGCCACAGCGCCCCCCGCUGAGGCCUCCCCCGUUCAGAGCCGCUCUCUGCCUCCCAACGCCCCCAGUUUGCAGCGCCGCAGUCUGCCGCCACAGCGCUGCUCGCCGCUCGGUACGUCCCUGCGCUCACACACGCUGCAUAUUAUGAGUAUAAAGACAUAUCUCCAGAGACAAAUCAUGUCCCGGUUCAAGGUCACUUUCUGCUGUGGUCACAUGACUUCAUGUGAGAUUAAAGGGGGCGUUAUAGGGUGGUGUCUGCAGAAUGAGCUCGACAUGAUAAAUGCUGUUGAGUUCUGUCAAAUUAUGAUGUUUUACAGCUUUGACUCCCAGGUCAUGGGUUAUCAUUUCUGGUUCUGUCGUCAAAGCCCUCAGCCUCCAAUUUACUCAUUCACUUUAUUUUUCUGUGAAAUCCCUGCCAAAAAAAAAACACUUUUUACAAAUCUUAACGGAUGAUUAAUCUGUAUUCGUAGUUUUCAAACAUUUUUAAGUGACCUGCCAGAUAAAAAAUAAUAAUAAUUUCCACCUUCUUAUGUCUAAAUGCUUUUUGACAGGCUCUUAAUGUUCACUGUCAAGGUUGCGGAUGUGAUUAAGGGUCUAUAAAUAAACAAAUGCAGAAAAAUAAUCAACCGAAAUCGUGAAUAUCCUACUGUACCGACUCUUAACUGUUGCACAGUGUUGCAUCACAGCCGUGAUACUGAUUUUAAUUGACUCCCCCUCUACUGAUAUAGAGGUCUCUGUAGUUAGUUAGUGCUCUGGAAUCUAAACAGUGGAUAUGGAGCAUUGACACCACCUGGUGGUCACAGAGUGAAUCUCUCUGUGAGCUCGAAGCUGUCUGAUCCUCCUGCUGCAGAGCCGGUUUGGAGAAGUGAAGCAGCAGCUCCAGCUAGUGGACAGUGGGUGAUCCUACCAUCAUGGUUUCAUUUGAGUGUUUUUUUAAAAGGCCUGAAAACUUAAUGAGAAUAUUACCUGAAUAAGAAAAUUCAAAGUCAGAUUAAAAUGAUUCUCUGUUAUAUGAAAAUGCAAAUCAAGAGGCAGCGGCUGUAGUCCUUUAUGCGGCUGUACCUGGUUUGACCCCAGACUUAACAUUUUGUUCUUUAUAAGGAUCCCUGUCAGCGGUCACUAAGAAAACAAAAUGUAAAAAUUAUUUCAAACCACACGGUAUCCAUCAGACAAAGAUAUAAACAUUAAUAAUGUCAAUAAAUAACAUUUCCAUGCCUAUAAACAAUAAGAAAACAAUGGAAACUUUGCACAAACACAAGGGAGCAAAAUUGAAUAGAGUGAAAAAGUUUUAAGACAGUUUUUGUCAAGUAUUCAUGACAAACGUGUCAGUAUUAGUUUUUAAUUUUCUCCUUUUCAGUCCCCACUCUGCAUGCUCCGCCUCUCAGUUCAGCUGUUUAAUCCGAGAACGCACAAAAAGUGUAACUCUAAAAGUAUGAAAGAUAAUGGAGGAAAAGUGCCAUAAAGAAUUUCUAACACAAGAGUUUUGCACCAAGACGCUCAUGACCUUCUCUAAAUGAUAUUUUCUGUUUUUCAGCCUCCAGGAAAGAAAUGCAGAAGGACAUCGAGGCUGUUUUACAAACAAAGUCGUCUCCUAAAAGAUUCGCUGUGGUGUCACCCAAACCUCAGUCCCCUGGUGAGUCUACUCUGUGUGUGUUUGUGUGUAUUUUUGCAUGUUUAAGUAUACAUGCUGAUAUCGUGUGUGUGUGAAGAACAAAAGGCUCAAAAUCUGCCGUCAAUACUGCAACAUCUCCAACCUCUACUGUAGCUUUAAAUCUUACAGAGGCUCUACCCACCUCUCUCUCUCUCCCUCUCCCCUCUUUUAUUACAAGACCCAUGGCAGCCUGCUGUUGCCAUGGCAACAGGCUACAGUAGCUGUAAUGCUAGGAUGGCUCCUUUGGUUGGAAAUCCUGCGGGGUUAGAUUACUAGAAGAAGUCAGCACUUUGUCAUUUUUUUACACAGAGUAGACAGACAGACAGAGCGGCAGAGGUGACGUUGAAUAUGAAACUCACUAUUACUCACUGUGAGAGAGGAAGACGAUGCUGAUUGGUUGACGUGAGAAACAGUGAGUUGACAGAGAGAGACUAUUUGUUCUUGUGGGAGGAUGUAAACCACCGAGGUCUGACCUAUCAGCACUUUAUUGGUGUGAGAGAGUGAACUAAGCGCUCAUUUUAUCUGCACCCUUAAAUAACUGUCAGGGUUAGAAAGUAUGAAUGUUAUUAUGAGUAAACCGUCUUUUGUUUUUAAUUUGAAAAAAGUUAAAACAGUUUAAAGUUAAACCCUGAACCCUGAAUCUGUUACUUACUCUGUGUACAAACAGUUCGAGGACGCACAGCGACAGGUAGCGGAUCCAUCCAGACUGAAAGGACCCAGGAGUUGGACCGAGCUCUGAUCCAGCAGCUCCGGGAACGCUGCGAGCAUCAGGAGCUGCAGCUGCAAAGUCUGCAGGCCCAGUUGAAGAAGGCCACGCUGUGCAUGGACGUGUUCAGCAUCACCACCCAGCACUUCUGCCUCAAGGUAGGCCGCAGCAGAGACCAUCUGCAGACAAGUUGGACAUUCCUAUAGAAACAUGCGAAGGUAAAAAUGCAUGCAGGUAUCUUCCAGGUUUAUAAACACAAACCUGUUGUUGAAAACUAGAGAGGGAAGCUGCUGCAGACUUCAGACAGAAACUACAAAGUGGGAUUCGUCUGCUCGCACGAAGGACACCUGCAGCAUCUGGCUUUUUGUUGUCAGCUUCACUUUGUUUCAAGAGUCGGCGUCGGCUUUAAAAUCUGAUUGUUGUGGCUUUUUGAAUCAAAGGUUUAUCUGUGGAAAAGUCCCUGAGGAGAUGUUGAAGAUUUCCAAAGUGAUAGAAAAGGAUUCGAUGGAGCUGUGUGGCAUUUAAUACUGAGACUAAUACUGUCUGUUUGACACUGUGGCUGAGGUUUCUCCUUCUCCAACCUGGACGAUGAAGCUCUGGUUUCUUGCUCUCUGCCUCAUUUCAUCCAUUUCCCGGCCCCACCCACGGGUCCUGCUUUACAGUGGGAGCAGAUUGAUGAGAUUAGCGCUGCCUUCCUGGACCUCGCUGUGCUUUUAGUGAGACUGAUGUUGAAGACACGGGCAGAAUAUUUACUAUGGUCUGACACGAGGAGGAGGAGGAGGGCUGUGAAAUAUAUGACUUUAAUAUGUGAGAGCUCUCUGUAAUAGUCUUUCUUCUCGAGGUGGUUUUCAAUCACAGGUGUUCAAUUUUUUAACAAAGACCAAACUUAUGGCUCUGAUGUUUUAUUUUUGGGUUGAUAAUACUUUCACAGGUGGAGUUCGGCCUCCUUCAGUGAAACACAGAUGCUCAUUAGGUUUUCGAAGGUUUAGAGAUUGAUUUAAGAAGUGGAGGUAAAGAUUUGUACUUUUAUUUAAUUACUGCAAGGUUUACACUAAAAUAAGAAGUAAGUUUUUCCUCAUCGUGGCAGAAAUCUCUGCAUGGCACCGUUCUUCCUGAGCUGAGUAACAGAGCAGAUAAUUGGGCACUUAUUGAUCAUCUCCCUCCCCCAUCGUCUCCUCCUCCACUCUAUUUUUGAUGCAAAAGACCGCACAUACGUGUGUGUGUGUGUGUGUUUGUGUGUUGCCAUGCGUGUGAAUGUGAUAUGAGCCUGCUGCUGCUGCUGCUGGUGGAGGAGCUUUAAAAGGAGGGCGGGCAGAGCUGGGCUGGGGCUGCUCGUCUUUGUUCCUGCAGGAGGAAUGAUGCCGGUCGCAAACCAGGAAACGAGGUGAGGCUUUCGGUCUUCCCCAUCUCUCCUCCCAUCUGUUUCCUCCACCCGAUUCUCUCCCUCCCUUCCUCUCUCUCCUGGCACUCUCCUCCUCCUCCUCCUCCUCCAUCUCUCUCCUCCGUCAGCUCAGUGAUGCUGCUGUUUUCUCGCCCAGUAUGGGCCAUUGCUGCUGUCGGCUCCAUUUCUCUCCUCUGCGUUGUCUGGACCAAACGGUAAAGGCAGCAUCUUCUGCAGGCAGCAGGUUUGCUUUAGCACAGAGGAUUCCUUUCUGUGUGUGUGUGUUUGUGUGCGCAUGUGUGUGUGUGUAUAGCAGCGUUAUUUUCACUUGUUUCCUGGAGACAGGGCUGGUGGAGAGAGUGAAAAGCUGCAUGAUUAUGCUGAGUCAAAGUGAGCUGUCCGUCGCACUGUCCCUCUUUCUUUUCUUCUACAUGUUACAGGACAUUACAUAACAUGCUAACUGUGAGUUUUUUAGUGUAAAUAUGCUUUCUGUUAAUCUGUAGGAUCAUGUGUAGAGGAAAACUUUCACUUCUGAUGCAUUAUUAAGAACAUAGUUGGAUGAUAAAACAGUGUCUACGUCUCUUUAGGACAGAAAGUCCUCAGCUGCUCAUUGUGGAUGUUUCGCAACGUCCAAUUAAAACUCGAUUGAUCGCAGGAGUGUACAAGAUGUUGCUUCUGUUUCAGUGUUCUUGUAUGUUUGUUUUGUAGGAGUUGUAACGCACAGUAUAGAGAGGAUAGUCGGAUCGGCAGAGUGAGGAAAACAUCAAGAAUUGAAAUGUCGUCGUGGACUUCCAGGAGAAUUUUGAGUCCUAUUUUUAAAGGAUUUACAAAAAACAAACAAAAGACAAAGAUCAAUAAUGAAUCAAUCAGUAGUGGUAGCUCUGAAUAGGGGGUCAUGUUGCCGUGGUGAUGGCUGGAUACAGACUGAUAAAUUACCAUUCAUGUCACAUAGCUGCUCCCUGGAGAUCUAAGCAGGGGGGCGUUAAGAGGAGGAUGGAGGAGAUGAUGGGGUCGGAGCAGAGGUGGAGCUGAGGAGUGAGGGGUAAAAAAAGACGCUGACCAUCCGUCAUCGCUCAUGAGGUCACAGCCUCGUCUCCCUCAUGACUUUAUGCGUGCAGACCUUUACAGAGUGACAUCAUUCAUGCCGAGACAAACUGUAUCUCAAACAUGCUUCACCCUCUGCUCUCUGCCUCUCUCUCUCUUUGUUUCGUUUCUGUCUGAUCUCUGAUUUAUUCCUCAGCAACAGUCUGCAGAGCUGUCUCUCUCUCUCUCUCUCUCUCUCUCUCUCUUUCUCUCUCUCUCUCUGUUGGGGGUUUUGAUCAAUAGCCAUCAGGAGGAUAUUACACAGAGUCUGUGCAAACGUUUAAUCAAAUCACUCUUCUGUUCUUGCAUUUUGAUUUAUUUUGUCGUAAAGUUUCACGGGCUGCCGUAAAGCUGUUGAAGUACAGAGAUGUCAAACUGCAGUGCUGCAGAGAUUCUGCGUAUUCGAGUGUUUUAGAAACAAGACAAACCUUGAAACCAUCCAGUAUUAUGACAUAGAGUUUAAUUAGAGCAGUAGACUGGAGCUGUUAUGGUUGACCUUUACUUGUGUGACACUGAUUCAGAUCCUCGGACUCUCUCAUGUCAGGACAUCCCGACAAAGGUUUAUCUCAACAACAGAGAGCAGAUGUUUAUUUUGACAGAGGUACAAAAUGGUUUGUGAGUUUUGCUCACCUGAUAAAUUCAAUCUGUCAUGAUAUGUUCUGUUUAAGUAAAUUUUGUGUAUUUUCCCUAGUGUUCCUGUUCCCCUGUAGUCCAGUCUUUGACCCCUUUCCCUCCUGUUCUCUGUGUUUUAUUCUCUAGAUCAGUUUUUAGUGUUUAUUUCCUGUUUUAUUUUGUAGUAGUUGGUUCCUUGUGUUUCUUGUCUGGUUUUAGUUUAACCUAUUUUAAUCGCCUUCGUUAAUCACUAACGAGUUUCACCUGUGUCUCGUCUGCCUCACCUGUUGCUCAUUACCCAGUGUGUGUCCAUAAUCCGUGUCUUCCCUUCUGUCCUGUUUGGUUCUGUGUGUGUGUCUGUGUCCUCGAUCUUUGAGUCCCGAGUCUCCUUGUGAUUUUUUCACCAGUGUCUUUUGUUGGACAUUUUUUGUUGCUUUUCAUUUAAUUCUUUUCAAUCAUUCUUUAUUUCUUUAGCACUUUUCAUACACAACCAUGUAGCACAAAGUGCUUUACACAGAAAAAGGAAUAAAAGAAACAAAGAAUAGCAGAAUCUACCCCAACCCAACCCCUCAUUCCCACCUCACGAUCUAAACUCAACAGAAACAUGUAUUAGUAGAAAAGCACUCGGAGAGCGCAGACCUCCACCAAGCAGCUCACAGUAUCCGGAAUUUUGUCUGGAUCAGGAUCAACCUUUGACACCUCAUGAAACUCAUUGAGAUCCUUUAGUGUCAUUUUUUACUAAAGACUCUGGACAUUUUUAUAGAGUUAAAUGUAAAAAUUCCAAAAUGUGCCCUAUCUCACAAUGAUAAAGAAUCCUUAAAAAAAUUCCUGGAUCCAGAAGGCGAUCCGGAUCACCACCAAAAUGUAAUGGGAUCCUCCUGGGGCUGAGACACACCUCUGGUGAAAAUUUCAGGUCAAUCCGUCUGUAACUUUCUCCGUAAAGUUGCUAACAGACAAAAAACCAACGCUACCGAAAACAUAACCUCCUUGGUGGAGGUAAAAAUGCAUUAACUUAAAAAGGACUUGAUUUCAUAGAAACAGGAAUGUGCGCACCGAGGAAAUGCCAUUUUGAAAUCCAAGAUAAGGAAAAACAGGAGGUUUGGGUUAAAAUCUAAAGACAACGUGACAUAAAGUAAAAUUUAAAAAAAAAAUCACUAAAAUGAAAUAAAAACAACAGUAAAAGGUACUAAAAUACGAGCACCAAAAUAGCUCAAUAAAAGAUAAUCCUGUCAUUAAAAAUAGAAAAAGAUAAAUGCUAAGAUACUCAAAGUUAAUGAUAUAAAAUUUAAUUAGGUACGUUUUGAGUUUGGUUUUAAAAUCAUUAGUCUUGUUUUUAAUAAAUCUGUUUUUUGUUUUUUUUUUUGUCCGCAUUUUGAGGAUCCUUUUCCUUUGUUUAACCCUGCCUACGUGACAGAAAUAAAACCAAGAACAGGAGGGAAACAGAGUCAAACACAAACUGAAAACUCACAAGACUGGACAACAAUAGGGAAAAUACACAAAAUGCGCUCAAAGAAAACCAGGAGAAGAAAACUAAAUUAACAGAACAUAUCAUAAAACCAUGAUGAUACACAGCUGUGAAAGGAAUUAUAGAGCUGGAUUAAAGGAAAUUAAUACUGAUGCUUUGCAUUAUCAGCACUAUUAGUCUUUGCUCCUGCGGGUUAAUAACCACAUGCCUGUGCUGAUGUAAUUUACCACUAUAUUUAACCUUCUGUCCAUUAACCAUCCGAACAUUUAGCACAUUGGGGUUACUUCAUCUGUAACCAUGUGCAUAUUCAUGUUCUGACACUGCUGUUUAACUUCUUUCUUCUGUAUCUAAAAUCUGUGUGAAAUCUUCCCUUCAAAAACCGAAAGUGAUCUUGUGGGUUUGCCGGAUGUGUCUGAGUUCAGAGGUGUUCACCGCCGUCUGUGUUUGCAUUUCAGAGCGAGAGCGCCUUUGUGAAGGAGAGGGAACUGUCCCUGGAGCUCGCCAGAAUCAGGGAUGAAGUGGGUAAGUGGGAUACAGCACGACAGAAAUGACACCACGGGGAGCGGAGGAGCAGUGAGUCAUUCUCUGCUUACUGUAUAUCAUGUAUUAUACAGUGAAUGGAGGAGGGGAGGGGGGCUGAGGGAGACCUAAAACCACUCUGCUGAAGGCACACAGUGUACACUGAAAAAAGGGCCAGAACAUAUAAGCAAGAGGAGAAUAAUCCAACACAUAUUAUCAAUUAAUUUAUAUAAAUGAGUCACUAAAUAAGUCGAGGAUAAAUGAGCCAAAUUUAAUUGAAAUGAAACAAGCUCUUCCUUUGCUUUCCUCGCAGCUUUUAGUGUCGCACACUGGGAGAAACUGCAGCAGGAGAAGGAGGAACAGGAGCGUCGUUUCGAGGAGCAGUUGCAGGGACUGCGGGCGAAGCAGCAGAGGGAGCUGGGAGCGCUGGAGGAGCGGCUGAAGGCGGAGCACAUGGCUGAGGCCGCGAGCCUGCAGGUCCAACACAAGGGAGAGCUGGAGGAUCUGCGGUUCAAACAGCAGGAGCAGGUGUGUGAGUGAGAGAGUGUGUGUGUGAGUGUGUGUGUGUGUGUGUGUGAGUGUGAGCAUGCAAACGACUCUGUUGUUUGCAGAAAACCUGUUUUUUUGUUUUUGGAUGGUUAUGAAACAACUUGGAGGGACGAGAAACGCCCCUUUGUGACCCACUGAAGAAGCAUUUUCCACGGUUAGGUCCUACAUGUGGAAAAACACACUUCUCCCACAUGUACAGGCCAAAAUUCACCAAGAAAUAUGGGAGCGUUAAAUUCAAUACAAGCUAAAUGGAUGAAAGUGAGCAUGGAGUUAGUUCAGGCAGGCUUUUUAACAUCUACAAAUCCAGUUUGUAAAUGUCUAAAUGUGUGUCUGUUUUCUGUUUCGGUCUCGGCCCCAGAUCGAUGAGAUGACUGAGAACCAUGAGGCUUCCCUGGUGGAGAUGGAGACAGCUCAUAAUGACACUCUGGCUACUCUUCAGGAGGAACACACCCGGACUGUGAAGAGUGAGUAAACCUCUAAAACGUCUCCUGUCUCCCUCACCCUGCACCGAUAAUCACGGGUUAUUUCUCGAUGUCAGAUCUGAAGAUGGCCCACGAGCAGCAGACCAAGUCUCUGGAGGAGGAGUUUGAAAAGAUCAGACUGUCACUGCAGGUAAACGAGAAAAACAAUACGACGCAUUUUCUUCCACAGAUUCAUUUUGUCGAUGAUCAUGAACUUUUUUUCGUGGUCACACAGGAUCAGGUGGACACGCUGACGUUUCAGAACCGCAGCCUCAGAGAUCGAGCAAAACGCUUCGAGGAAGCUCUGCGCAGGAGCACCGAUGAGCAGAUAGUGGUAACCGCUGAAUCAUACAUCACAGGACAGGAGCAAUAAAAAGCAGUUUGUUUAUUGGAUCUCAGAUAACAGAUUUUAAUGUUUUGCUAAUGUAAUCUGCUGUCGCCAGGACGCUUUGGCGCCAUAUAAACACAUCGAGGAGGACCUAAAGAGUCUGAAAGAAGUCCUGGAGAUGAAGAAUCAACAAAUUCAUCAACAGGAGCUGAAGAUCACGGAGCUGGAGAAAAUAGUAGGCUUCAAAUUUCUGCUUUUGUUUGACAGCAGAGGCGAGCUUUAGCGUGAUUAAACUGUCUUAUUUUCCCGUCAUCAUUUGGAGAAUUUAAUGUCGUGCACCUUCCUCCUGUGUUUUUGAGCAGGCUGAAAAGAAUGUUUACCUGGAGGAGAGACUGCAGGUGUUGCAGCAGCAGAACGAGGACCUGAAAGAAAGAAUCGACAAGAAUCUCGCCGUGUCGAGGUCAGUUUAGUCUCAACGCAACCCUGAAAGAGGACACUGAUAACAUGAACGAGAAAGUGUUUAAUAGUUCCUGAUUUCUUUUCAGGCAACUCUCGGAGGAAAACGCCAACCUGCAGGUUCACGUGGAGAAGGAGAGCAACGAGAAGAAGCGUCUGAGUCGCACCAACGAGGAGCUGCUGUGGCGCCUUCAGACUGGCGAGCUGAGCCCUCGGAUGUCCCCCAGCUGCUCCCCCGUUCAUCAACCCCCCUCUGGACAUGGCUCCCCCGCCCGCCCGCACUCCUACCAUCAAUGA